AUGGGUUCAAAUGAUGAUGUUUUAAUAUUUAACGAUGUGUCAAAGACAAAAAUUCUUGAUCUUAAUGGGAAAACAGUUAUGUCCGGUUUUAUCGAUAGUCAUAGUCAUAUAGGCGAUUAUACACAACUUUGGGGUCUUCCAAAUUUGGCACCACCAUCUGUGGGUACAGUAAACAAUUUUGCCGAUAUUAAUAAAAUCAUUCGUUCCUAUAUUAGUCAAAACAAUAUUUCAAUUCAAGAAUUCGUAUUAGGUUAUGGUUAUGAUGAUUCUAUGCUUGACGAAAGACAACAAGCACAACGAACAGAUUUAGAUUAUAUAACAAAUGAUCAUCCAUUUUGUUUAUUACAUAUAUCUCAACAUUUAGCCGUUUGUAAUAGUUUAGCAUUGUUAAAAGUAAAUAUAACACGUAAUAAUAUACCUGUUAUUCCAGGAGGCGUUAUCAUUUUAGAUAACAACGGUGAACCAAUCGGUCGUUUAGAAGAACAAGCUGUAUCAUUUGUUAUUUAUAAAUGGAUGAAACCCAAAAGUUUUGAACAAGCAAUUAAAGAUUUUAAAGAUAUUCAAAAUUAUUAUGCAAGUUUUGGUAUAACAACCUCUCAGGAUGGUUAUACAAGUAAACAAUUUACAAUUGAAUUAUUAUUAAAAAGUGAUUUAAUAUUAGAUAUUGUUUCCUAUCUUGCAUGGAUGAAUGCUGAUGAAUAUAUUGAACAAUACAAAAUUAAUAUUAGUAAAAUUUAUAAUAAAAAUAAUAAUCAUUUAAAAUUUGGUGGUAUAAAAAUAAUUCAAGAUGGAUCACCACAAGGAAAAACAACAGAUUUUUCACAACCUUAUUUAAAUCCACCAAUUGGUCAAUUAAAUACAUAUCGUGGUUAA